GUUCGGCGAUCCAUGCGAGCUCCGCUUCUGUUUUGCUUCCGUUUGGUUCGGUGGAAAGUGAAAAAUUUUCCCGGGAAAAAGGCUAUAUAUAGGUUGUUUAGCUCGGUUGGUGUAUAAUCUGCCUUUGCAAUCUGUGGAAGAUCGGGCAAAUCUCGAAUUUUUUGGGGAGAUUUGCAGCUUCAUUCAAAGUUCAGCAAUAAUUUAUUUCAAAUUGACAUCAAUAGCUACAGUUGAUGGCUUCACCAGAUCUUGUUUCUUCCUUACCAUGCUCAACUGAUGAAUCCUUCAGUGGAUCAUUCAAUAUAGCCAUAGAAGAAACAAGUCCAGCCAAUUUUUUACCAGUGCUGGAAGUUUCCAACUCGUCUGUGUGCAAUAACAGUAACAUCCCCAAACCACCUCUACUCCCUGGUAAAACCUAUACGAAAACAAGUUAUCCCAAAAGGCUUGCAAACUGUAGUUCUGUCCCAAGAGAAACAAAAGAUACAUGGGACAAGCUCUUUAAGGACGGAUAUGGAGCAGAUAUUCAUAUUAUCACAGAAGAUGGCCCUAUUAUUCCAGCUCAUUCUUGUGUUCUGGGUGUAGCAUCACCAGUACUGGGGAAUUUUCUACAGCUAUCAAAAGUUAAGAAGGGAAUAAGAUACAUUAAGAUUCCUGGGGUACCUUGUGAAGCUGCAUAUGCAUUUAUUCGAUUCCUUUACUCAUCCAGCUUUGAAGAGGAAGAAAUGAAGAAAUUUGUUCUCCACUUGUUGGUUUUGUCACACUCCUAUUCAGUUCCAUCUCUGAAAAGGCUUUGUGCACACCAUCUGGAGCAAGGAUGGAUGACACCUGAAAACCUCAUGGAUGUGCUUCAGUUAGCUAGGAAGUGUGAUGUACCCCGUCUCUCCCUCAUCUGCACCCGCAUGAUUGUGAAGGAUUUCAAAACUAUAUCUUCAACCCAAGGAUGGAAAGUAAUGAAGCGUGUAGAUCCUGCACUUGAACAAGAGCUGCUGGAGGCAGUUGUUGAAGCUGAUUCUAGGAAAGAGGAGAGAUUGAAGAAGAUAGAAGAGAAGAAGGUGUACUUGCAACUGCACGAGGCCAUGGAGGCCCUCCUUCACAUAUGCAGAGACGGAUGCAGGACAAUUGGGCCUCGUGACAAGGUACUGAAAGGAAGCCAGGUUGCUUGUGGCUUCCCAGCCUGCAAAGGGCUUGAGACUUUAGUCCGCCAUUUCUCCAGCUGCAAGACCCGAGUCCCCGGCGGAUGUGUUCACUGCAAGCGCAUGUGGCAGCUUCUUGAACUGCACUCCCGGAUGUGCAGUGAACCUGAUUGUUGCAAGGUCCCUCUCUGUAGGCAUUUCAAGGAAAAGAUGCAGCAGCAGAGUAAGAAAGACGAGACAAAAUGGAAACUAUUGGUUAGCAAAGUGAUAGCAGUGAAGAAUUCACUGGGGCCGUUCCCAGCUCGCAGCUCAGGUUUACUAUGACACCCUCAAUUCACUUCAUUACGUUCAUAACAAUCUGCCUGUAUCGCUUCACCGGCUCCUAUUAAAAAUGGAUAUUGUAACAAAAAUAAAGAAUCAAAUAAAGAACUUUUCCUUUGGAUAGAGACAGCUGAAUAGUGGUAACUUUGAGCUGUUGGGCUCCUUACUAACAUGCUCACUGUUGGUGCCCAAAAACUGAAAACUCAGUUUUGGAAGCUUCUUUUUUUAUAUACUGGUUUUUCGCACCGUGUGUCUUAUUCUA